AUGCCCGAUAAUGUUUGUUUAGGUGCUAAGCAUCGAUCCCCUGGUUUCGGAUCGUGCGACUUGGAACCUGCCGUUAUUGCUGGUCAGCACCACCCUCAAGCUGUCGAUUCUAGAAACACUACCCAGACUAGAGAGCUUCCAAUCACUGAAACAACCGAUACCGCAAUCCUCGACGAGCAUGCCUUUCCAGGUGGUGAGCAGAUCCAAACAACGGAAAUUGCCACCGGCAUCGCAACAUAUCUAGACAGUGGAGUGCUCCCACUCUCUAAAUCAAGAUCCACCUCUUCAAUUCAGACGACAAAUUGCAAAGGGAACGGCGAUUCCUAG